CUCGUAUCAGUAGGUGGGCGGAAGAGGUGUCACGUUGCGGAGUUGCGUACGCUGCGGGAGGAGCCAGUUGCCUGGGAAGCCAGUGAUGAGCCGGGAGCUGCGUCACACAGCUGGGAACGCCAUAUUGCGAGCGGAGAGAUGGGGCAGUGCGGGGUGAUCUCGUCCAAGACUGUGCUCGUCUUCCUCAACCUCAUCUUCUGGGCUGCCGCAGGUAUUCUGUGCUACGUGGGAGCCUACGUCUUUAUCACAUAUGAUGAUUAUGACCACUUUUUUGAAGAUGUUUACACCCUGAUACCUGGUGUGAUAAUAAUAACUGCAGGAGCUCUCCUGUUCAUUAUAGGCUUGAUUGGUUGUUGUGCCACAAUCCGGGAAAGUCGAUGUGGCCUUGUAACAUUUGUGGUUAUCUUGCUGUUGGUAUUUGUGACUGAAGUUGUUGUGGUGGUCCUAGGGUACAUCUACAGAGCCAAGGUGGAAGAUGAAGUUGAUAAAAGCAUUUCAAAUGUAUUCAACCAGUAUAAUGACCUUUCCCCUGACUCUGCAAGCCGAGCUAUCGAUUAUGUUCAGAAGCAGCUUCACUGCUGCGGCAUACACAACUAUUCAGACUGGGAGAACACACCAUGGUUUAACAGAACAAAAAAGAAUAAUGUUCCGAUAAGUUGCUGCAGAUAUGACGCGUUUAACUGUACAGGCAGCCUGAACAGGCCUGAAGAUCUUUACUACGAGGGUUGUGAAGUGCUGGUUGUUGAAAAACUGCAGGAAAUAAUGAUGUAUGUAAUAUGGGCGGCACUGGCAUUUGCUGCAAUACAGCUCCUGGGAAUGCUGUGCGCCUGUAUUGUGCUCUGCAGAAAAACUCGUGAUCCUGCCUAUGAACUCCUCAUUACUGGUGGAACCUAUGCAUAAAAAUCUCUAAGUCUCCUUGCCCCUUGUGCUUGGAUCCUGCAGCCCUUGUUCCAGAGGAAGCCGCAUUGGGAUAAGACUUUCCAAGUAGUUUCUACAAUGCUGAUUCUCAGCUAUGAUCUGCGUUGGUCAUCUGAUCCUAUGGACUGUUCUUUACCCUCAGCCUGUCACUUUAAUAGUUUAUUUUUUUAUUUUAUUUUUUGUGCUGAUUUGUAGGUUUUAGAGUUAGCGACUGGUGUUUUGCGAUAAGAGUGCUAUUGGUGUAAAUGCAGCACUGUGAUUUUAUAUCCUUGCUCUAAGUCCACUGCUAGCAGAGACCCUUGCACCUCACUGAAUGAUGUCUAAGAACAUGUUGCCCUGUGUUGCAGUUUUUGAUCUUUUGGCUGUAAGAGGGAUAAUCUCUUGAAGUUUUACACUCCUGUAUCCAUGCAACACCAGCAGCCAUCAUUUUCUGGACUUCUGAAUAAUGUUUGUGUAAAUUAUUACCACUUGACCUCACAGCUAUGAUUUAGUCCCAUAUUUGGCAAUGGUGUGUUGAUAUGUGUUGUCUGCUCCCAAUUAAAAUCUUAUUCGGCUGUUUAAUAAAUACCAAUGAGACUGAACACUGGAUUCAAAGAUGUUGCUUGUAGAGGAUGCAAUCAAAAUACUUCUUUGUAUCCUUUAUAACAAUUAGUAAAAGCUUUUACAGAUGUUCUGUAAACCUUGACUUGGCAUAAUAUUUUGUAUCUUUAAAAAUUAUGUAGCAUAGAUAGGAUGCAUGUUUACAUCCAGGAAGAGCGAUCCGCAGAUAAACCUGCCGUCAGUCGUACUUUCUAAAUCUUUUCCAAAGUUGUAAAGAAAAAUAUUAAUAUGCACAGGCCGUUAACUUGUAAUAUCUGUGAAACAAACCUUUUGUCUUUUUAACUCCAAUGACGCACAGAAGGCAGUUCUGCAAUGCAAUUACUGUUCCAUUCUCACAGGAGACUGUAUUAUGCCUUCAGGCGGGAGCUUGGUCUUCCUCCCAAGCCCACACUUUAUGUGGGUGGGUAUCUGCUUGACAUAGAAUUUGCAUAACACACUGUUGAACAACUAUUCUGACGUUAAGAGUUUGCAUUAAGAUAUUUUACGUAGAACAUUAUGUUUUGUCUAUCCUAGAAUAAAAUAUUAGCACCUUAGAGUGGUCUGUGUAAGUGUCUCAAUUUAGAACAGAUUCUGUGACUGGAACUGACCUGUAAAUAGUAACUGAUCAAUAAAAUCUUCAUAAACCAA